AAUUCAGAAGGGCUCGUGGCAAUGCAGACGACAUCAUGGUCGAUGAGGACACGGCCCAUCCAAACUUGUCUAUUGCUGCGGACAGGAAGAGUUUUACGUAUAAAUCCCAGGUGCAGAAAGUGACUCAAAACGAAGGGAGUUUCGACUCGUCUGUCUGCGUGCUGGGCUCGGAAGGUUUCUCCUCUGGGAAACAUUAUUGGGAGGUGGAUGUCGAAAAAAGCAACGACUGGGAUCUGGGAGUAGCCAGAAAAUCCGCUCCGAGGAAAGGAAUAAUGUAUCUGUCCCCUAAAGAGGGAUUCUGGGCUCUGGGCUUCAGUUUUAAAGUUUACUGGGCAAGAACCGAGCCAUUGACGCGGUUAGCAGUGCAGAAAAAUCCCAGGAAAGUCGGGAUUUACCUUAAUUGUGAAGAGAAAAUUUUGAUUUUUUUCAAUGCUACGGACAUGUCCGUGCUGUUCACUUUUAAAGACUGCACAUUCUCCGAAAAAUUGUAUCCCUUCUUUAAAAACUCACACAAGGAAUCAACCCUAAGAAUUUGUUCGGUUAAAGAAGAAUAA